GAGUGACGACGACGAAGACGAUGAUCAAUGCCUUACAAAACCUUCUCAACUCGUCAACUCGUUUCCUUCUUUCCCUUUUUUCUCCUUCACUCCCUCGUUUAUUCACGGUGGUUGUUGCGGGUAGAUGGGAGGCGGAGAUCUUCAUCGACUUCCGCCGGAAAAUGCGUCGACUUCUUCUGCUUCCGUCGGAGAUACCAAGCUCUCGGAUGCUCCUGUUCUGUUUUUCGUUUACUUCCACAAGGCUUUCCGUGCCCAGCUCGUGGAGCUCCGGCGUUUCGCUACCGACGCCGCAGCUGCCGGCUCCUUUAGCCGGGAUCUGGCCAGGGAGUUAUGCCGGAAGUUUGAGUUCUUGAAGCUUGUUUACAAGUAUCAUUCCGCAGCCGAAGAUGAGGUUAUCUUUUUGGCGCUCGAUGCACGUGUGAAGAACAUUGUUUCUAAUUAUUCGCUCGAGCAUGCUGGCACGGAUGAUCUCUUCACUUCUGUUUUCCAUUGGCUAAAUAUUAUUGAAGAGGAAUUGGGUAGCAUAAAUGAUGUACUUCGUGAAGUUAUAUUAUGCAUCGGCACCAUUCAAUCAUCCAUAUGCCAGCAUAUGCUUAAAGAAGAGCGGCAGGUCUUUCCUUUGUUAAUUGAGAAGUUCACUUUCCGAGAACAGGCAUCACUUGUGUGGCAAUUCAUUUGCAGUGUUCCAGUGAUGGUGCUUGAAGACUUUCUGCCAUGGAUGAUGUCUUAUCUCUCUCACGAGGAUAGAACUGAAGUUGAGAAUUGCAUAAAAGAUGUUGUCCCAAACGAAGACUCAUUGCAACAGGUCAUAAGCUCUUGGCUCCUUGAGGACACUCAAUCUACAAAAGUCAUGAAAGGAGUCCAGUAUGAAGAUGAAGAGUCUAGGACACAUCCAUCCAGUGGAUGUUUUCAACGGUUUUGGCAAUGGAGUAAAAAGUCCCUUUCUAUUCCAGACGUAGGACACAACCCGAUUCAUGGUCUUAAUCUUUUUCAAAAUGCAAUUGAGAAAGAUUUGAGAGACAUUCAAAAAGGACUAUGCCAAGCAAAAUUCCCAAGCCUUCUUUUGGACCUUGAUGUACUGAUGGCUCGGUUAAACUUUCUUGCUGAUGUUCUUGUUUCUUAUAGCAAUGCAUUUAAGAAGUUCUUUCACCCGGUGUUAGAAGAAAUCAUAGAUGGCUGCUCUUCAACUCCCAAACAGUUCACCAUAGAUGGCUAUCUCGAGAGUUUUCAGAGAUUGCUAUACAAGAGUGCUGAUGAUAAACCGAGGACGGACAAUUUUCUAUUGAUGCUUCAAGAGGAACUUGAGUCCCUUAUAGUCCAAGUAGCAAACCAUUUUUCCGUACAGAGAACAGAGGUGUUCCCAAUCAUCAGCAAGAAUUGCAACCAUGAAAUGCAGAGGCAGCUACUAUACACAAGCAUACAUGUCUUACCUCUUGGCUUGCUAAAGUGUGUCAUACUCUGGUUUUCUGCUCAUCUAUCAGAAGAGGAAUCUCAAUCCAUUCUUCAUUUCUUAACUUUGGAAGAUUCUUCUUCCAACAAAUCAUUUGCACGCCUCUUGUUGCAGUGGCUUCGCUUUGGCUACUCAGGCAAAACCUCUGUUGAAAGCUUUUGGAAACAGCUGUCCGUAAUGUUCAAAAUAAGAUGCUUCUGCCAAAAGGAGCACACUGAAGAAGCAUCUGGAUCCUUUUCCCAUCAAGCACAGCUCCAACCAUGCAAAGGGUCUAGACUUAAUUUGCUUGUAUGUCCUGGCAAAAGAAACAAGUCUUCAACCUGCUUCCUCUCUAUGGAUCCGGCUGCUGGAGACAUGUGUGAGACACCUUACUCUAGUCGAAUGAAUCAGCAAAUGCUUUUCUCAGGAAAGCUUAGGCCUCCUCUCCAUCUUCCAAAAUUUUUUGGUGAGAAAAAUGUGGAUGAUCCAUUCACUAUGGACGUAAAACCAAUUGAUCUCCUUUUCUUCUUUCAUAAGGCAAUGAAGGCAGAUCUGGACUACCUUGUUUGUGGAUCUUCUAGAUUAGCAGCCGACUUUCGCUUCCUCCGGGAGUUUCAACAGCGAUUCCAUCUGAUAAAGUUCUUGUAUCAGAUACACUCUGAUGCAGAGGAUGAGAUUGCAUUUCCAGCAUUGGAGGCAAAGGGAAAACUACAAAACAUUAGUCACUCAUUUAGUAUUGAUCAUGAGCUAGAAAUUACACACUUUGAUAAAGUAUCAUUCAUUUUGAAUGAGAUGUCAGAACUAAACAUGUUGGUUUCUACUAUUAAGUCCAGUGCAGCCGACCAAAGGAAGAUGAAGUAUGAGCGGUUAUGUCUGAGUCUCCAAGAGAUCUGCAAAUCCAUGCACAAGAUAUUGUCGGAACAUUUCCAACAUGAAGAAACUGAGCUAUGGGGUCUGUUCAGGGACUGCUUCGUUAUUGAAGAACAAGAGAAAAUCAUAGGAUGCAUGCUUGGGAGAAUAAGUGGGGAAAUAUUGCAGGAUAUGAUCCCAUGGUUAAUGGAUUCUUUAACCUCUGAAGAACAACAUGUCGUGAUGUCCUUGUGGCGUCAAGCAACAAGGAAAACAAUGUUUGUCGAAUGGCUAACAGAAUGGUACAACGGUCAUUUCAUACAAGAGGAAGCAGAAGAAGCAAACAACGAUCCAUUUGGGGAUUCAGAUCCACUAGAGAUUGUCUGGAAGUAUCUCUUUGAAGGAGGUUCUGAUGGGGAUAGAGGGAGCAUUGACAAAAAACUUGUCGAACUUGCAGAGACAGACAUGGCAGGUAUCAUGAAUAAGUCCCUUGGAAAGACUGUUCCUAAUGAAAAUGUCGAAGUUUGCAACAAAGAGGACGAACAUGAGCAACUUUCAAAAAGUAAAAAGAUAUGUAGAGGAGCCGACAAAAAGGAAGACAAGGAACAAGCUGCUGUCAACAAUUGCCAGAUCAUAAAUCCUGCUCAAACUUUUCCAGUGUCUCAGAAAGCUAGCCAGUUUUGUCAAUCCAAGAAAUAUGAACACUUGUUAACAUUGAGUCAAGAAGAAUUGGCGGCUAUGAUUAGAAAAAUAUCAUGCGACUCUUCUCUGGAUCCUCAGAAGAAAUCAUAUAUCCGGCAGAACUUGUUAAUGAGCCGUUGGAUUAUCUCACAGCGUAUAUAUAAUCUAGAACCAUCCUCUCUCUCAAGCAAUAUAGAAACAGUUCCUGGUCAGCAUCCAUCUUAUCGAGAUCCUCAAAGUUUGAUCUUUGGCUGCAAUCACUACAAGAGGAAUUGUAAGCUUCUUGCUCCUUGCUGCGAGCAGCUCUUCACGUGUAUACGAUGCCAUGAUGAAGAGGCUGAUCACUCGGUGGAUAGGAAACAGAUAAAGAAGAUGAUGUGCAUGAAAUGCCUCCUGAUUCAGCCAAUUGGUGCAAACUGCUCAAAUACUUCGUGCAAGCUGUCAAUGGGAAAGUAUUUCUGCAAAAUAUGCAAAUUAUAUGACGAUGAAAGGAAAAUUUAUCACUGCCCCUACUGUAAUCUCUGCCGAUUAGGGAAAGGAUUAGGCAUAGACUACUUCCAUUGCAUGAAAUGCAAUGCUUGUAUGUCACGCACUUUAGUAGAACAUGCUUGCAGGGAAAAAUGCUUAGAAGAUAAUUGCCCGAUUUGCCACGAGUACAUCUUCACAUCCAGCUCCCCAGUAAAGGCUCUUCCAUGCGGUCACUUGAUGCACUCGUCAUGCUUUCAGGAGUACACAUGUUCACAUUACACAUGCCCUGUCUGCAGCAAGUCGCUAGGAGAUAUGCAGGUCUACUUUAGGAUGUUAGACGCAUUACUUGCAGAAGAGAAGAUGCCUGAAGAAUACUCAAACAAAACUCAGGUGAUACUGUGUAAUGACUGUGGAAGAAAAGGAAAUGCUCCUUACCAUUGGCUAUACCACAAAUGCACAUCUUGUGGCUCCUACAAUUCAAGGCUCCUUUAGAUCUUCCUUCGAUUUUCCUUUUCCAUUUACAACAUUAUAGAAUCAGCAGUAUGAUUAGUGCAUGGCUGGCAAGUAAACAGUUUUGUAGUCUUUGAUGUUGUAUAAAAAUAAAGCAUACAAAAAAUAUUGCAAAUACUAAUAAAUUCGGGUCUCAUCACCCUGAAAGAUUGAUUUAUAUAUUCCCAUUACAACCCAUUGCAAAAGGAGAUAAAUAACAAAAAUCUGGAGAUAAAUUCCAGUCAUCACUAACCUUUAAACUCAAACUUACGACAUACAAAACCAAGCCACUGAGAUCCAUUGAAAGAUUCAUAAAUCAAUAGGCGUUAAGAAGAAGAAAACAAAACAACUAAUCUACAACUAGAGCAAAUGCAUCCUCUCCACAUAUGAUUCAAGCAACCAAUUCUUGAGAGGCU